GUUAGAGAAGUAGAAGGAUCCACUCCGGUGCCGGCCGAUAUGGCAGCGUUUCAUACGAGACCAUUCGACUCAGUAAUCGUCUCGCCGAAUAUUGCCUUUGAGUUAAUGUGUAACCUUCCGGAGAAAUUUCAAAUUAAAACGCCAGAACGCAUUUUUCGACUUUCUCACGAGGGAAAUUCUUCAUGA